AUGCCUUUCAAGACACACUACCUGUUGUAUUCAGUGUCCCUGACUCUCUGCUGGUUCGUGGCUCUUCAAGCUUUCCCCAUGAACGGCUGUGCUGCAUGUCAGAAGUGUCUCUGCAUCCGGACGUCCUCUGCUUUCAUCUCUCCUCGGCUGUUCCACAGGAUAGAGAUCCUACCUCCAGGUGCCCACUGUCGUCAAACAGAGAUCAUCGUUACCAAGAAGGACAAAGCCACCGUCUGUGUGACUCCAGAUGCACGAUGGAUCAACAAAGUCAUUGUCAAGUUACAAAGUACCAACAAGAAGAAGAGAAGUGCAGAACUUCCCAUCUCAACCACCAUUGAGUGAAUUGGAACAGGAAUGUAUCAAGUUGGAGCUAAAUGGAAAUGUGAUACCAAUGUAAUACCAAUGUAAUACCAAUGUGACACCAAUGUGAUACCAAUGUGAUACCAAUGUAAUACCAAUGUGAUACCAAUGUGAUACCAAUGUAAUACCAAUGUAAUACCAAUGUGAUGCCAAUGUGAUACCAAUGUAAUACCAAUGUGAUACCAAUGUGAUACCAAUGUGACACCAAUGUAAUACCAAUGUGAUACCAAUGUGAUACCAAUGUGAUACCAAUGUGACACCAAUGUAAUACCAAUGUGAUACCAAUGUGAUACCAAUGUGAUACCAAUGUGAUGCCAAUGUGACACCAAUGUAAUACCAAUGUGAUACCAAUGUGAUACCAAUGUAAUACCAAUGUAAUACCAAUGUAAUACCAAUGUGAUGCCAAUGUGAUACCAAUGUAAUACCAAUGUGAUACCAAUGUGAUACCAAUGUGACACCAAUGUAAUACCAAUGUGAUACCAAUGUGAUACCAAUGUAAUGCCAAUGUGAUACCAAUGUAAUACCAAUGUGAUACCAAUGUGAUACCAAUAUGAUACCAAUGUGAUACCAAUGUGAUACCAAUGUAAUGCCAAUGUGAUACCAAUGUGAUACCAAUGUGAUACCAAUGUGAUACCAAUGUAAUACCAAUGUGAUACCAAUGUGAUACCAAUGUGAUACCAAUGUGACACCAAUGUGACACCAAUGUGACACCAAUGUGAUACCAAUGUGAUACCAAUGUGAUGCCAAUGUGAUACCAAUGUGAUACCAAUGUGAUGCCAAUGUGAUACCAAUGUGAUACCAAUGUGAUACCAAUGUGAUACCAAUGUGAUGCCAAUGUGAUACCAAUGUAAUACCAAUGUGAUACCAAUGUGAUACCAAUGUAAUACCAAUGUAAUACCAAUGUGAUACCAAUGUGAUACCAAUGUGACACCAAUGUGAUACCAAUGUGACACCAAUGUGAUACCAAUGUAAUACCAAUGUGAUACCAAUGUGAUACCAAUGUGAUACCAAUGUGAUACCAAUGUGACACCAAUGUGAUACCAAUGUGACACCAAUGUGAUACCAAUGUGACACCAAUGUGAUACCAAUGUAAUACCAAUGUGAUACCAAUGUGAUACCAAUGUGAUACCAAUGUAAUACCAAUGUGAUACCAAUGUGAUACCAAUGUGAUACCAAUGUGACACCAAUGGAUUCUAUUAAAAUAUGAUUCCAAUAAAAAGUGAAUUAGUUCAUCUGAAAUGA